AUUUUCACGGAACACUUGUAGGCUUGUUUUUCCGGAUUGCUUUUUGUGGCGCACAGUUGAUGGCGACCAGCAGACGAUUGAGUCUGGAAAUUUCUGGAAGUUUGUGAAAGCGCUGUUUGAAAGAAAGGAGUCUACUUUAUACUGAUUUAAUAAUGGGGAGAAGCAGGAGCCGAACACCACCACGACGAGAGAGACGGCGUUCACGAUCAACCUCGCGAGAUCGUGAGAGGAGGCGCAGGGAACGCGAGAGGUCCCGCGACAGAGACAGACGAAGGUCACGCUCACGCUCCCCCCAAAGACGCAGAUCCAGGUCUCCACGGCGACACCGCUCCUCCUCCCUGUCUCCAGUGCGGCAGAAGGACAGACGGGACGAUGACAGGAAGGAAGUUAAAGACAAACCAGCAAAGGUCCAUCAGAUAUCAGCUGAGGACAUGCAGGGAAAGACUGAAGAGGAAAUCGAGAUGAUGAAACUAAUGGGCUUUGGAUCCUUUGACAGCACAAAGGGCAAAAAGAAGGAAGGAAAUGUCGCUGCGUUUGCAAUUAAUGUGUCACAGAAGAGAAAAUACAGGCAAUACAUGAACAGGAAAGGUGGUUUCAACAGACCCUUGGAUUUCAUCGCUUGAUGGAGUCGUCAGGAGCCAUGUUUUAACGACUUUGACUUUUUGAUGAAACGCGCAUUUGUUUUUCUUCCCUGAGUUUAUGUAAAUAUGUGUUCCAGAGGUUUUUCCAUAUGUUUUGUUUUUCAGUCAGUGUCUGUGAUGUAAUUGUAGUUUAGUUUGUAUUAGCUCAUUUUAAAAAUAUUGUGGAUACUUUGCCUUGAAUAUCAUAUUCAGCAAAAACCUUGCAGUACUAAAUAAAUGAGAACUCUUGAUGAA